AUGCCUUACAACUGCUGCCUGCCCAGCAUCAGCUGUCAUACCAGCUGCUCCUCCAGGCCCUGCCUGCCUCCCAGCUGCCAUGGCUGCACCCUCCCUGGAGCUUGUGACAUCCCUGCCAAUGUGGGCAACUGUGGCUGGUUCUGUGAAGGCUCCUUCAAUGGCAAUGAGAAGGAGACCAUGCAGUUCCUGAAUGACCGUCUGGCCAACUACCUGGAGAAGGUGCGGCAGCUGGAGUUGGAGAAUGCUGAGCUGGAGAGUAGGAUCCGGGAGUGGUGCCAACAGCAGGUCCCCUACGUGUGUCCAGACUACCAGUCCUACUUCAGGACCAUUGAGGAGCUUCAGCAGAAGAUCCUGUGCUCUAAGUCUGAGAACACCAGGCUAGUGGUUCAGAUUGACAAUGCCAAGCUGGCUUCUGAUGACUUCCGAACCAAGUAUGAGACCGAGCUCUCCCUGCGCCAGCUGGUGGAGGCUGAUAUCAACAGCCUUCGCAGAAUCCUGGACAAUCUGACCCUGUGCAAGUCUGACCUGGAGGCCCAAGUGGAGUCCCUCAGGGAGGAGCUUGUCUGCCUGAAGAAGAACCAUGAGGAGGAGGUCAACUCCCUACGUAGCCAGCUUGGUGAUCGACUCAAUGUGGAGGUGGACGCUGCCCCAGCUGUGGACCUGAACAGGAUCCUGAAUGAGCUUCGGGCUGAGUAUGAGGCUGUGGUGGAGAACAACCGCAGGGACGUGGAGGAAUGGUUUACCACUCAGACAGAGGAGCUGAAUAAGCAGGUGGUGUCCAGCUCUGAACAGCUGCAGAACUACCAGACUGACAUCAUUGAACUAAGACGCACUGUCAAUGCUCUAGAGGUUGAGCUGCAGGCCCAGCACACCCUGAGAGAUUCUCUGGAAAAUACACUGACCGAGUCCGAGGCCCGUUACAGCUCCCAGAUAUCCCAGCUACAGUGUAUGGUCACCAAUGUGGAGUCCCAGCUGGCUGAGAUCCGUGGUGACCUGGAGAGGCAGAACCAAGAGUACCAGGUUCUCCUGGAUAUUAGGUCUCGGCUAGAGUGUGAGAUUUCCACAUACCGCAACCUGCUGGAGUGUGAGGAUUCCAAGUAA